GUCAUCUCUCCUUUAAACAUACAGUAUCCGCUUCUAAGAAACUGCAUUGUUCGAAGUCUGGCAAAAUGGGUUCGGUACUUUGGGGUAGUUAUUGGCCAUUUAGGCCUAGUAGGUUCUGAGUUUAUUAGGUUUGUAUUUUUAUAAAGGAAAUGAAUAAACUUGGGUUUGGUCCUUAACAUAAACACAAUGUUUAUUCGCAACUCUAUCAUGAUUAGCCAAAAACAAAAUUGAUUACAGAAUGUUCAUAUUAGAAUGAACAUAUUAGGAUAUAUUAUAUUAUGUACAUAUUAGAAUGUACAUAUUAAUCACAGAAUGUACAUAUUGCUAUGUUUUCUAUCAGUAUUUUCUUUUAAUGUUAAUUUGUGAUCUCAAUGUCGAACUCUGUGGUUGAAAUAUUUAUCAUAGUUUAAUAGUAACCCACAAAUGAGAAGUUGCUUUGUCUGGCAGUUUCUUUAACCACUAGGUUCUUACACGCGAGUUUUUACUGUACCAGAAGUACAUCGAAAAUGUUUGCUUCUCUCUUAUAACAGUUCAUAUAUAUCUCCGCAGUUUUCUUCUUUGUUUGUGUAUUGUUAUCGGCAUUAUAUCUAGUCCCAGAUAUAUCAGAUGAUCUGAUCAAAGUACUGGAAAUCUUUUGCUUUAUCCUUAUUAGCAUGUAAGCAAAACAGUGAAUUGUUGUCUCAUUGGGUGAUGGUACAGUUAAUAAUUAUUUCACCUAACGUAGUUUGCCUCCUAUAUUAACUGACCAGAAAUUAACAAUAAUUGCAUGCGUUGAAGACCGGACAAUAAUUAACAAUUGUUCCUUGAAAUCUAGGUGAAUAGUGGCUAAUUAUUUACCGAGCGGUGAAGCAGCGAGCUAAAUAUUCGUAAAGCCACUAUUCACCGAGAUUAAAAAGAAUAACUGUUUUUGUAUUAGCAUACGAAGUGAUCCCAACUAAAUCAGAGAGAGAACCAUUAAAAAGUACGAUUUGAUUGACCGAUCAAAUCACACGAACGUUUAAAAAUAGAUCUUUGCAGAAUUUUCAAACAUGGCAAUUCACAAGUUAUCACUUUGCAAACAACAGCGUAAUGGCUUAAAUGGAACCAUUAACAGUUUGAAUUGUUUCCACACCUGAGAAGAAAAGUAGAGCUUUGCUGUUUUCUGUUGACUCGCCAAGUUUAUAGUCAGAAAGGUUUGUUGGGUCAUUCUUCGCAUGAGGUGCUGACAAAAAUGGUGGCUUGGUUUCUCGAGGUAAGACGUCGUCUUCCUGUAGCAUUCUUUUUCUUAUUUACUUGAAACGUAGAAUUUCUGUAAACAUUUGCUUUCAAAUUUGUUUGUCAUAAAUAUACUUCGCUUUUUGGGCCAAAUUUUUCACGUUAGGAAACGGUGGGUUCACUAAACGGUCUCUUCUACGCGAAUAAACAGGAGUUGUAAACAAUCCAUCGAGCACAAAACUCAGCUACAGUAAAUGGAAAAACGCUUUUUUGAAUCCUUUGAAGUCUUUUCUUGUCUUAAAAAAAGUCAACCCUAGGGUUUUGUUGACUUUUAAAAGAUCAUUCUCUAAAAAAAUGGGAAAAACACCGAGCUCAAAGAUUAUCCACUAGCUAGGAAGUGAAUAUUGUUGAAUAGUCCUAGAUAGCUCCAAGAAGAGUGUUCCACAGUGUGGUACCAACACGAGCACACGGACUGUCCCCUAGUGUUUUGCAGUUAGUUUUGGGGACCUUUAAUUUGUGGUUGCCAUUCGCUCUUAGGUUUGAAUUAACAGGUUUGUGAUAAGUUUGGUGGCAAUUGAUGUCUUUAUCUACCUCCUCCUGAGAGUUGAGUUCAGGCACCAUAUCUUUGUGGGUGCAUUGUCUCUAAAGAUAAUUUUAGAUUUCAACAGAAGCUCAUAAGGGGUUAUGAGUUUCUGAUUUCAAAUAGAGGUUUCAUGGCAAAAAUUUCCUUUGGUCUUUCUUUUGUAAACCAGGCUGUCAUUAUGACAAUUUCGCAUAUCAUUCAGCCAUAACGUAGUCAAGUCUACUAUUGAAACUAAUCUAUGUUCAUUUGACCUCGUUAUGAACUUGUUGUUCAGUAAGUAGAAACCAUUGCUUUGGGCUGUCUCUGUAAACUUUGGCCCAUUUUAACUCACUUGGUUAUCGUCAACACUCUACCAUCUUUUAGGAUGACAUCAGCAGGUAUUACUUUGAAAGAAGGAGGCUCAGUUUUGACUUUGCAAAUUGCUUUCUGGAUCGUUUCGUACUUAAAAUGAUUGUUUGCUGAAAUUAGGAUAUUCCUCAGUUGGGUAGUAACAGGUGAAAAUUGUUAACUUCAUGCCGUGUACCUUCCUUUGCAUCAUAGUUAUUCUUCCUUCUGUGAUAUGAUUUACAUCCAGCAACAUCACUUGAGGGGCUAAGACCACAGCUGUGCCUGCUUUUGCUGUCUUUGUACCAUUGUGUAUUAUAUGCGACCCUUUUAAAACUGGAUCACUAAGACAGAUCGUGGUUUUCCCCUUUUUGAUGUGGUAUUAAGUGAUAAGAUAACAUUGGAUGAUAUUCUAUAUUAGUAAAAACUGAAUCAUUGGAUGAUGUAAUUCUAGAGCUCUGAUUGGCUUAGCCAUCAUGGUAUAUGAACCAUUAUACCAUGCUCUUGAAAUAUGGUAAAUGUACGUCUGCUCAAAAAUAAAAACAAACUGAAAACCGGUUGUUUUUACAAAUAAAUUUGGGAAGAAUUCUCGAUAUUUUGUGGGCGUUUUUGAUAGCACAAUUAUUCCACUCGCGCUCAUUGGAUAUGAGAUGAUUAUAGCCAACUUAUAUCCAAUGUGCACUUGUGGAAUAAUUGUUAAAUAUCUUUUCAAAAUAUCCUUUCAGGCUCAGCUUGAGGCCACUGGCAUUGUGAAUAUUUUAAUGAAGACCAGCAUGUCAGCAUCACAGCUGCAGCAGUAUCUGGAAAAUCCCCCUGUUGGUAUGACAAUUAUUUUUAAGGUUUCCUUUUCCACGGUUUUAGUGAUAAACUUCAGUGAAACCUGAUAAAUGGCCACUUAAUAGCCACCUGUAAUAAGGAGGUCACAAACAUUUUUUGGAAGUAUUUGUUAAUUACUUUUAUUCAUGACGUGAUUUGUAUGAUUUUGAUCCAGAAAAAUAGUUUUAAAAUGAUCCCCUCGCUUUCUCUGUUAUUGGAACUAUAAUUAACUUGCUUGUAAUGUUCAAGACAUUCCACACUAAAGCAACGUUACUUGACUGGUAGUUUCAUCUGUGGGCAAAGAAACAUGCACAAAAUUAAAACUGGUGUUGAUGAUACUGAUCAUGAAAAGGAAAAAAAGAACAAAACAAGUGAGCAGUCUAUUAUAGCGGUGGUCACAAUGCAGUCUGUGAGACCGAGAUAGUAACUACCUCCGUUUGCACAUUCACUGUAUCCUGUUCAAUGUGCAUUACUUGCUCGCCCAAGGCAAGAUAGUUAAAGAUCCCAUGAUAGAUCUGCUGUUCGCUGAUUGAUGCACCCUCCUUGCCACCUUUUUGGCUUAUCUUCAACACAUUGGUUGUCAGCCUCAAAAGGGUCAAAAGUACCCUACCUACCUCCCCUGUGAGCCAGUUGUAAAGCCAAAAGUGCUCCCGUGCCGGGAUAUGACAAAGUCUCUGCUUGAGUACUCAAAGACAGCUUGCCAGUAGUUUCUUCCGUUUAUCACAAGUAUUAUUGGAGCCUUUGCAAGGGCAUGGAGAAUCGCUGAGGUGACUCCGGUUCUUAUUCCUUUGCCGUCAGCCAAUUUUUGGGGAAAAAUGCAUUUUGGACCAAAUUUCGUCUUUUUGAACCGUUUUUCGGCCAGUUCAUAUAGGAAUGGCUGAAUUAAGAGGUUUCCAAUGCUCAGGACUUAAUUUCUGCUAAUUGGAUGUAAUGAAGCAGCUUUUUUUUGCCCAUAAGCCAAAAUUUUGACUUUUUUUUUUUCAAAUCUAAAUGUCCACUCUUGUCUUACUCGAUGUGUCAAAGGCCUUUGAUAGUAUAAGAGAUGAAAAACUAUUGACCAAAUUACAAGCCUUGGGUGUGUCCUCCAAAAGUCUCGAAUGGUUCCUUAGCUACCUUGUGGGCCACAGUUAGAGUGCACAUCCAAGAUACCAUCUCUGAUGCUCUACCAUUGAAAUAUGGUGUCACUCAGGGGCCAAUCGUGGGUCCAGUCUUGUUUAUACUUUCUAUGUGAACCAUCUGUUAUCCGUCCCUUGAUACUGCAAAUUGGCCUUUUAUGUAGACGAUUUUCAACUGUGUCUUUCGUUUCCCUUACAGCAGUUGACAUGACCAUCUAAAUACGGAUCUGGAAAAUGUCAUCAAAUUUCUCUUCUAAUAAAUCUCGAUAUCACUAAAGUCCUUUUUAUUGGUGUUCCUCAACUCCUUCUUCCCCUCCUUUCUCAGUUAACUGCUAUAUCCGUUUGCAUUCUUGGUAAAACCGUCAUACUGGUCACUGUUGCUAAAAAUCUUGGCAUCUACAUUGACCAGUUCCUUGCUUAUAAUGACCAUAUUACUUAAACAGUCUCCACCUGCCUGCACAAACUUAUACAAAUAAAUAGAAUUAAAUAGUACCCAGGAGAUAUUAAAGACAAAGGUUAUGCAAAAUUUUGAGGGGCAAACAUUGUAUAUUAUAUUAGAUGUCCACAUGUUACAAGUUUAUGUGUAACUACCUCAAGAUUGAAAUGACGAAGUCAUGUGCAAUAGUUUAGGCUAUUAUCCUCCCUAAUUGGAAUUAUGCAAUGAUCAGAAUUUCCAAUAAAACCUUUUGUGUCUACUGAACAUAUGCCACUUUAAACAUAAUGAUCAUGUACUAUACUACACUGAAAUGUAUUUCUUUCUUGACAUAUUCUGGUAGGAAUUGAUUCUUUACUUUGGGAACAAGCUAAGAAAGACAAUCCAGACACUCAUAGGUAAAUAUUACUAGUCCAAUUGAUUAGCAUUUAUUUCGGGUGCUUUCAAUUGAUCAUCGUCCGGAAUAAGAAAGCCCCCAAUUUUUAAGAAUAUAUACUUAUUUUAGGCAGUUACAAUGAAGUACAAUGAAAGGCAAAACAACUGAUUUCUAGAGUUUAUUCCAUAUAUUCUUAUCCGGAAUACGGUCAAUCAAGCAUGCCCUUAGUCAGAGCAUUUUACUAGGCUUCAUUUCCAUGGAAAAUUUUUUUUCUCAAAAUCUGGAGGAUCAAGGGAUUAUUUUGAAGGAAGUACGGUUGGGUUCAUUGCAAUUUCCGUUUGAAAUUACACGCUAUUUUUGGUUUUCUGUACUCAUCUGAGUGUGCCUUGAAAGAUCUCAUAAGUUAUAGGUGUGAAAGUUAGUGUUGACAGUUAACACCGGUGACAUCCUAAGUGGUAUGAGGGGAGCGGAUCCACUUGGGUGGUUAUGGAGCAGUUUAAUUAUGAAUGCAUUUAAAUGAAAAGGAGUCAUAUAUUAUAAUGUCAAAGUAUGGGUUGAAAUGCACCACUUGCAUUUUUGAGUCUUCACCACAGCUUAAUGGACAACGGAUCCAUGACAUUACCACCUAAUUAAUCCAUCAACGGAUGUUAGAAAUCUUGAAAUAUCAGUGACAUCAUUUAACAGUCUUUAUCAGUCCUGCACUUGCCCAAUUGAUCACACUUAACAUACUUAUGAUAUAGGUAUUGGAUAUCCCAUUGAAAGAGUAUUGGUGUGUGAUCUUUAGAGUUUGACUGCAAUAACUGCAAUAAAUUCUGUAUUUUUUUUACUGGACAUCAAGGUUGAUUCCAAUGGUCAUAACUGGAUUUAAUGAAUUGAAAAAGAGGCAGAAGCUACAGGAACAAGAGACAUUACAGCAUCAGAAAAGAAUAUCUGUCAGUAAUAAUAAUAUGAACAAUAAUAAAUGAUAGAAAUUAUAGUAUGUAUAUGAACUGCAACUAAGAAACAAGUGAAGUUAAUAGUUCACACAGUUGCUAAAUGUCUCAGGUGCUAAAUGUCUCAGCGUCAUCAGCUGUGGCUGAUAACACCUUAAGAACGAAUGUUCGUAAGGAUUGAGCAAAAUUGGAAAUGGUCAACCAAACCUUCCCUCGUACUUUGUGUGUAGUUAAUACUUCAGAUGAAAGUACGUACUGUGGCAUUUGUUUGACUUCUAACAAAAACCUACACUGGGCAUCAGAGGGAGACGUUUGGGCCAAAAAUUGCAUUUUUUGAGAUAAUUUUCUCCUUGAAAAUUGGAGUUUUGUUAGGUAAAUAUUUCGGAAAGCAGACUAACAGUUAAUCCCUUCGGGAUUUUCUGUCUUUACGUCAUCCUGACCAUUUUGUACUUGCGGGCGCAAACAAUAGAAACAUCAUCAUUACCUACCGAUUCCUCGCGGCCCCUGUUCAAUCAAAUCAAGCAUGUCAGCUGGGUGUUUGUCCUUUUUUUUUCAAAGAAGUAUAAUUUUUUCGUGGCUUUCCCACGGACAUCCCGUAGUAAUUUAAUUUAUUAUAAAAAAUUGUCUUUUACUUUAUAAUUAAGCAGAAUGUAAAUAUGAGCUUAACCAAACAAAUUGUUAGCAUUUCAGAAUUGUUUCAUGCUCCCUAAAUUGACAUUAAGAAUAAAGCUUGUAGGUUAAUUGAGGAACGACUUCGAUGCAAUGGUCAUAAGAAAUAUCUGCUUUGCAAGCAAAGCAUAAGCAAAGUAUAAUAGUGCACAGUCUCCUUUUGCGCAAAUUCUUUAUGUGCCACAAUCUCUUGUGCCGGGGAUUUGGCAAACCCGCUUCCCCUUACAGGAACGGCUCACAGUCAUACAGUAGAUAAUCUGCUCGAUAACUGACUGUAAAACGUAAAGGAAUGCAAUCUAUAGGAACCAUCCAACGUUCUUACUUAACAUCGCCCCAAUGACAUAAUUUAAAAGAACGAUAGCGGCAAACAAAAGUUUCGAAAAUUUACUAUUUUGGCUCAGGUAUACCUUUCCAUUUGAUUGGCGUGCAAGAAUGUAUCGAGUGCCCGCGGAUUUUUAAGCAUGAAAUGAUUCAAAAAGGGUGAAAUAUUUACAUCCUGUUUCAAUUUUGAUCUAAACGGAGUGCUAUUAAGAAAAAAAUGUGUUCAAAAAUGUCUGUUUUUAAGCCUUGUCAAAAAACGUCCCCCCCCCCUUGUAAAUAACAAUGAACAGGGGCCAUCAGGGAGGGUUUGAGAAAAAUUGAUAACAUUUUUAUUGAGAGGAAGGAUGAUAUUUUGCUAGCGUGUAAACAGAUUUUUAACUGUUAGUCUACUUUGUGAAAUAUUCACCUAACAAAACUCCAAUUCUUGACCCAAACUCCCCCCCUCCUGCUUCCCCCCGAUGCCCAGUGUAGGUUAUUGUUAGAAGUCAAACAAGUGCCACAGUGAGUAGUUUCAUCUGAAGUACAAACUACACACAAAGUACGAGGGAAGGUUUUGUUUAAUCAUUUCCAAUUUUGAUCAGUCCUUAGCGACAUUCAUCCUUAAUUAUUCAGUAUACAACAAAAACUGAAUCUAAUGACUGUUUCAUUAUUCAUUGUAUUGAAAAAAAUAAUGACAAAAACAUUGUUGCAUUCAACACACUUUGACUUUGUUCUUGGAAAUAAUAAAGGUUGCGUAGAUUUGCACAAGUAACUGUUGGCCUUAGCCAACGAGAAGACAGAUAUUGAGAAAAUUAAAUGCCUUCCUUAAAUAAAUGCUACAUUGAAAAUGCUGAAAUUGUCAUAAAUGCCUCUCUGUUUAAUCAAGUAAAUACGCAUAAAGCUUUUACCAGUAACAAGAAAUUUUAUCUUUGCAGCUUAUAAAUGAGGAGAUAGCAGAAUUGCAGCAUAACCGUGCAACCACCAUGGCCAAACUAGCCCAGUUUAAAAGAAAGCACUUGGAACUAAGUCAUAGGAUACUUGAGGUACUAAAAUAGUCUAAUAUUCACGCUGCAUACAUGUUAGCCCAUCAUGAGGAACUAAGUUAUGGGAGGAAACCGCCCCUUCCCCAGCCAUUGUUACCUUUGCUUUAAAUGAAUGGGGGUAUGCACCCGAUGUCAGGACCUAGACCCACAAACAGCUACAAGUCCUUCCAGUACUCAGAAACCCCAACCAACGUGAGUGAUAACCUUUUUCUGAGACUACAAUUAAGUGCAAGAAUUACACGUAAGGUUGCCGGGUUUUCAAUAAGAGCCAGCAGCCGGCGAAAUUUGCCGGAUAUUUCACGUGGUCUCAGUACCUGCGUUCUUAGGAAAUUACCUCAGGUUUACAAAUAACAUGAGAAACAUUGGCCACAGAACACAAACCUCUGAUUGGCAAAGUUUUGUCCUUGAAAAACCAUUUGCAGAGGGUUUCAACAUUCCACAGGGAUUCAGUAAUUAAAGGAAAUGUUGGAGAUGAUGUGCUUUAUAAAGCUUUCAUGUCCGUUUACUGGAUCGCUAAACAAGAAAUCCCCAAAUGCAAACCUGUACCUCUUCUUCAGCUUCUAGGGAAAGCAGAUGUGACUGAGAUGAAGCAUUUUACUCAUAAAUCAGCUGGCUGUGUAAGAGAACAUUUUCUCACACUUGGGCAGGUCAUUAUCGAACAGCUGCUUGAGAAAGUGCACAGAUCAAUUUUUUUUUUGGUCUUUUGUGUGAUGAUGUCACUGAUAUUGCAGCACUUGAGCAGUUUAUCAGCUUUAUCCAGUUUGUUGACCCGAUUCUGACGAGGUUUGCAGGGACUUUCUCUUUGUUGAGAAUGCUUUGGCCAACAGCAAGUCAGCAGAUACCCGGACCUUGUUUACUAUUCUGACCUCAAAGUUGCAAGAAUUGAGGAUAUCAACAGAGAAAUGCUCCACUCUUGUUCGUGAUGGCGCAAGUGUGAUGCUGGGAGCCUGAUCUGGACUUGCUGCUAGACUAAAGGAAUUAAACCCCACCGUUGUAAGCAUACACUGUAUUUGUCACAAACUCGCCCUGGCUUGUGUUGGUACAAGUAAAGAUCUAAAUUACAUUGCCAAGGUAGAAGAGGACCUAAGGACGCUAUGGAAGGCAAUGGAGAAUUCCCCAAAGAGAACAAACAUGUUUCUCUCUGUGUAAGAAGAACUUAAUGCGCUGAAAUUGCAAGACCAGAGCAAGAAGAUCAAGGCAAGGAGACUGAAGAAAGCCUGACAUACAAGAUGACUCUCUUUCGGUCACGCAGUGGACACUAUUUACCGAGACCUUGAGUGUGUUUUUCGCACCCUCCAGGCCCUUGAAAAGGAGGACACACUAGCGUGUGGACUGCUGACGAAGAUGCAUACUCCAAAGUUUGUUGGUUGCAUUUACAUUUUUCAGUAUGUGGUACCCAUAUUGAACCAAAUAAAUAAGACGUUCCAGCGAGGCGCGGUGAAUUUUAGCCACAUCGGACCAGCAGUUGAGCAUGCCAAACAUAAACUGUAAACAAUCUGCGGUAAAGCUAUCUCAGUUAAAUAACUGCAAGGGGGACUUAAAACCUGGUUGUAGGCUAUCAGAGAUUAAUCUCGCACGAACCAAGCAUCAUUUUGUAGAAAUGGACAGACUGCUUAAGAAGUAUGUUACUUCUCUGAUUACUAACAUCAACAAUCGUUUCCAGGCGUCAAUGCCAGUGUUGAUAACAUUCUCCAUUUUUGAUGUCAUGGCUAUACUAUCAAUCAGAAGCCAGGAGUUUAAGGAGUAUGGAGAUGAUCACAUUAAGUCACUAGCGGAGUAUUUCUUUACCGAAAGUGAAACGGAAGAGGCUAAUGUCAACAUAGGAAAACUCAAGGCAGAAUGGGGAAAGUUCAAAUUUGAUCUGAUUGACUGGAAAGCCGACCUUCCCAAAGAUAUCAAGGAGGGGAAGGGUGUAACCAAUUCCACCACCUGGAUUCUUCACCGUAUGUUAUGCUAGCCCUCAUUCCGUCACUUCUUUCUCCUGCUCUCCUCCCUAGCUGACCGCUGUCUAUCCAUCCCCGUCUCUACAUGUUUGCGUCUGUACGUGUUUGUGUUCAAUGUGUUUUUCAUACAAAGCCUUUAACACUCGAUAACUUUCGGGGUGACGUCCAUCCUCCCUUGCGUACUUGUAACAUGCCUGAUGCAGCACAUCGUCUUUCUUUAAACUAAGUGUAGGUCUGGAUCAUCGAGAGAGUCUUCUUUUAUUCUUUGGGCAAACAACUUGUACGAUUCCCACACCUCGUGCAUCCAUUCUCUGUAUCUCAGACCGUCUAACAUUUUACGGGUAUGGUGCUGGUGCUGGAUAAGUGCUUUCUGUUUAGCCUCUUGGUGUCGUUUCUCAAACAUCUCCUUUAUCUCUCCAUAAGGAUGGAAUCUUGCGACCUGUGACUUACGUGUACAGAAAGCCACUUCUUGAUUCCAUGCGACAUUGGCUGGUGUAUCCAGAUGAAAAAGUCACACCUUUUUUGUAGCAUGUCAGAAACAUAUGAUCCUUGCUCAAAGGCUGUUCACUUUUUCUCAGUGCAGGCUUGUAAGAACAAUCACAACUGAGCUGCAUAUUGUUUCACAUCAGCGUGUGUAUGAUGCGUGAUCCACUCUAUGUCCUCUUUCUAUUCUGAAGCGGGGCAAACAUAAAGUACAUUUUCUUAGGGCAGUGCACGUAGCAAAAUCCUUUCGCCUUUUCUACCAACUCCAAUGUUGAGAGGGAGUGAAACGGGCAGACCCGACCAGGUAAAGAACUCGCUUUAUCUUCUGUCAACAGAGGUGUAGUGCCCAAUUCGACUUGCACCUUUGAAGCAAUGUUUUAAAAAAAAGAUGGUGAUAGAAAGACUUUUUCUUAGCAAAGCGAUUGCAAGAAUUAGAUAGUGCCUUGGAAAUCUACCCGCUUUUAUUUCGAAGAUAUAAAGAUUCUACAUGAGCCAAAUCAGGGUUAAAAGAGACCGGGCAAGUCCAGCAAGCCUAUUGUUCCUAUUGUAUAAGAGAGGCGUGCAUUAGAUAUGAGGGAAGACACCUCCUAGUGUGGAGGGAGACCCUCUUUUAUAAGGAGGAAACCAUUUUUUCCCUAGGUUAAAACAAUGGGUGAUGUCAUGGACUCGACCCUUAUGCAUAUUAAUGAUUUACCUCGACCUUACUCAACACCAACAGGGCUUAAUUUUGCUGAAACAUGACUACUUACAGAAAUUACAUCAAAAUAUUACAGUUAGGACGCAAUGUGAUAAAGAUGGCGUUUAAAUGAAAAUCAAAGCACGAGUUCAACAUCCACUACUAUUCGAGGUUCUCUGUGAGGAAGUCGAACUCAGCAACACACAUACUGCUCACGUUAUGCACAUUCCCAACACACCGAAUCUCAUCUCGACAAGAACCAACAGUAAACAAAAACUCCAAUAGUGUUUCUCUUCAUUCAACUUCAUUUUUAUAAUGUUACUUCAGGUGCUCUUUUUUAUGGCGGCCAUCUUUUUAUGCACAGUAAGAGAUGCGCAUUGCAAAACCAGCGAAUGACCUUAAAGAGAAAACCAUUUAAAAGGUUGUACAGUCCACAUCGCAGAAUUGGCUCAAUCUUUCCACAUAGGCAUAACUUUCUGAAGUACUGGUCGAUGUGGUUUUAGUUUAGAUCAAGCUUCUUUCUUUUCUCUUUUUCAGGGGGUAACCCUUGAACAGCCUUACCAUUAGGUACAAAUUUUUGACAAUUUUGAAUGACACUAUUUCUGUCAAAUUGUGCACUAACAAUUACUGUAAAUUGUUUCCUGCAGCUUAUGAUAAAGCAAGAAUGUCUCAGGAAAAGUGGUUACUCUGUGCAGGCUGAUGAAGAACAGCUCAGGUAUAAGGCAAAGUUACUGUUGCAUGCUUGGUUAAUGAUUUACGUCUGGCACGUCAACAAUUGUAUAUGAAGGAAAGUUUGUAAUACUCCUGCUCUCUUGGGUCUCUCUCAGGGUGCAACUUGAAUGCCUGCAAGCUGAACUAAACGCACCGUCCCAGUUCAAGGUAAUGGAAAGAAAAUUCAUACUAACUGCCUUUUGGCCCCCUUGAGAUUAUUCUGUGUAAAAAGGUGUUUUAUUAAGCAUUCUGCUUGGAUUACAGUCAUAACCACUUUAUUUUUCAUCUAAUGACUCUUACAAGAAUCUAUUCUAUCGGUACUCACAGAAAUGAUAAAAGUUAAGUUUCCUGUUUUUCGUUAUGUUGCGUUCACCUUUUUUACUAAGCAAGUGUGCUUUGUUUUGUGAUCUACAAUGCAAGUCGUUAUUCGCGUACCUUGUUUGUUUUGGGAGUUGAAUUACCGCUCCACUUGUCAGCAGACUAAAAAUGUAUUCCCUAGUCUGCUCACAUUAAAAGGCUUCAUUGCUCCUAAUAGACAUACAUGAACAAAACUGGUCGGUAUGGUUAACUCUUUGUUCUAGCCCCUGGUAUACUGACAUCCUGCAAUCGAAUGUGUAGACCUAUGCAGGUGGGAUCAUAAUUAUAUUGAUAUCCUGGCUGACUACUUUGCAAGUUUCAGCUACGUUUGUUAUUCAUCUUUUUCCAUUGUGAUAAAAACAAAUUAUGAAAUGAGACUGUUUACGCUUUACAUUGCAAUGAUAUUGUUGAAACAACUACAAUCUUUACAAUCUUUAUUCAUUCCCUUUUUGAAUUAUUAUAAUACACGUUUUAGGCAAGUUAACAAGAAGAUUAAGUGAUUAAUUGGAGCCUAGAGGCUAAACGAACCGGGCAGUUUUUUAGUUAGCCCCUAAUGCUAUUUAAGUUCAUAUUAAAAAUGAGAGAGAGAGAGAGAGCCAGAGGAUUGGGCACUUUUGUAACGUAAAAAGGGAACUUUUGUAACGCACCUUGGGAACUUUAGUAACGAAGAAGGGAACUUUUGUAACGGUAGGGAACUAUUUUAACUCUAAUAGGGCACUUUCGUAACAAAUCGGGCACUUUCGUAACAGAUCAGGCACUUUUGUAACAAAAUGAAGAACUUUGGUAACACGCAUUUCUAUUCACUCAAAUCAUCUUUUUUUCGUUAUUCCCUCACUAUAUGCCAAGAAUGAUGUAAAUAUUAUCACCUGGAUAUACAGUAAGAAUGUAUAAUUAUCUUAAUGUAUAAUCUUCUAAUUAUUAGAAAGACGAAGAAAUUUGAAAACUUUGACCAAAACGAUGGACUAACCCCUUUGCAAAAUCGUCAGUUUUUUCGACUUUUUUAAAUCGAUGUUUUUAUAGACUAAAAAGGCUGGUUUUCUAUCUAGAACAAUACGAAACACUUUUUCUUAGCCUGUUUGGCCUAAAAAGAAAAAAACGAAGAAAUUCAUAAUUUGUACCAACAUGGACUAAUCCCUUUGAGAAAAUGUCAAUUUUUCGACUUCUUUCAAUUGAUGUUUUUAUAGUCUAAAAAGGCUGGUUUUCUAUAUAGCCCUAUGUAGCCUUACAUUGAUAAAUUCUUCUGGCAAUAUGGUUCAGCAGCCUUUCUUACGACAUGCAAGUUAAAUAAAAGUUGUCAUUUUAAAAUUAAGUUCAAGCUAGUACGAGUAGAAUAUCGUACAUGGAACUGUAUGGGGCGAGCCGCCGGCCAGUUCAAAAAAGAAGUUACUCUAAAAUCUAGGAUCAGGGGUAGAAUAUGUUACAUGGAACUGUAUGGGGCGCAACGCCGGCCCGUUCGAAAAAGAAGUUAGCUCUAACCUCUCACUUCUUACUCCAGAGUAGUCGUUUUUUUACCUUACUUUCACUAACAAUGAGAAAAUUCCGGCAUCCUUCUUCUUUCCGCCCACCAAACCUGGGUGUACAGUAAAGAUAUCGCCAUUUUUGCGCAAUUUGAAACAUUGGUUGGGUUCACUUGCAAAACGAAAUUCCCAAAUGGCUGAUAAUUAUUUACUGACUUUAGCGUGGCGACUACUGUCUUUACAUAAUAAACAAUGACUUGACUUAGAGCGCGCGAAGCUUGAAAGCUUAUAUUGUGAUGUCGUUCUGUACACUUGAAAAUGGGGUGAUGAUAGAUUUGGGCGAAUUCAUCGUAAUGUCAUUGUUUAAUUUCACAUGUGUAACAACAAAGGGUAAUAAAAGUUUAAAAACAAAUCAAGUUGUUCAAGGCUUCACAUAAGCAUUAAAUAAAUAGCAUCAGGCUAGAUUAAGUGUAACAAUAACAACGACUAAUAAAGGUCUACAAACAACUCAAAUUCGAGACUUCUCCUAAACAUUCUCCUUAACACUCUUUUUUAUCCUACAAGAAUAUAUUUUAUGAGAGUAUCAAGGCUAAAAUAAUAAACCCAAGGCCGAGAAUUUGAAAAGGACUAAAUUUGGUGUUGAAAAAUCUGUAAAUACCUGCACAAUACAGUCAUAUGUCUUUAACUUAACCGUAUAAAAUUAUUCAUUUUACUAAACGACAAAACAGAUCUAAACAAAGAACACUGGUAAUUGAAACCUCAAUACAUUCUAAAGUGGGAAUGCCAUAAGCUAUAAUUUAAGAAUAGUUCAAGAAUAUUUUCAACCUUAAAUAGACAGUAAAAUAAAAAUACUCAGCCUGUGCCGGGAAAACAACAUUAUUCUAUAAAAAAAGAGUGUAUUUGGAUCAAAUUAACUGUAACAACAACAACAACAACAACGAAGACUAAUAAAAGUUUAAAAAUAACUCAAGUUCAAGAUUUCACCUAGGAUCAGACUAACUGUCAGUAACUGUACAUGUAACAACAACAAAAUAGUGUAAAAAAGGUUUACAACGAGACCUUCCCUUCAUAAAAAACGCUCGUUAGUAAACAUUACACCGGUGCACAUAUGGUAGAUUCAUUUGUACCAUCGCCCGCCCCUUGCGGUCUUUUUUUGUUGUAAUAAAGCAUAAAAAGAACAACAACCAAAAAAUACUUUAAUGGACAAAUGCGAUAGUCUUACGCGUACGCUGCAAAUGGAUCCACGCAUAAUUUCAACACCGAAAACUGGAACAAUAACCAGAGUAACAGUAAACCCUAUGUACUAUCACUAUUGUUUCUAACAGGUUAUUCGGGCUUUUUAAUAAAUUGAAGAGCCGGCUCAUUGUAAAUCAAUGAAAAGGUGCACUUGAAAGCGAGCUGAAGAUAAACCACGAUAAGGCCCAUCUAAACGGUUUCCACGUUGUCCCGAACGUUAGCGGUACAGUAUUUAAAAUGUUCCUAUUCAAAGCCAACGGGUUUGAGUAGGUUGGUGAUAUUGUCGAAAUCAAAAUUAAACUGGUUUAGACGUCUAAACACCCUAAGAAAGACCGUUAGUUUGUUCUGUAUGUGUGUAUGCUACUCCCAAAAACGCAGAUCGGGCACUUUUGUAACAAAAUGAGGAACGUUGUUAACAUUUAUUCCUACUACAUUAAAAUCGCUGUUUUAACAGGAAUAAAGUAAAUGCCGUCAAAAUGCAAGCUCAAAUAAGCUCAUUUCCCGCCCGGCCACCAGCCCUGGGUAUACAGAAAUUAUCUACCCUGGUUUUCGCAAAUUAAAGCAUGGGUUAGGAGAGAUGUUCAGUUGAUGUUCAUUUCCACUGAAUUAUUGACAAACAUACUGUCAAUUAACUUUACACGUUUUUUGAACUUUUGUAAAGACGUCUUUCAUAUUUUACUCGAUUAACUACAGUGUCUAAGGAGGCUUAUCAUUGUUAUGCUCACUGGCGUUGAUGCCAUUUUGUGACGUGCAGAUAUCUUCUUUACAUUUUAUGGGAGUGAAAAACAGCAAAUUAAACCAAACUUACUUUAAAAAGUCGUGACUGCGGACGUACUUUAAAUUUAUUACGGAACUAAUCAGACUGUAAGAUCGGCGAUACAAAAAGCACGUGUUGAUUCACGAAGCUGUGCGAAUUGGUAGUCACCGCUGCCUGACUGUGAGCACACUGCAUGGCCUACAUUUCUGUAUGUAUCCCAUGGUCCAUUUUCACACCGCAAAUCAGUUCUACACAGGUCAGUUUGAGGAGUGAAUAACUUUAAUUCAUAGUGAAGGCGGCGGAGAUUCAUUUUCGCUGCCGUCUAUUUGAUUUUCCACUCGCAGUACUUUCUACUCUGAUCCCAAUAAAAAGUGAUGUGAUAGUGAUGAUGAUGAUGAUGUGAUGUUUCGCGCAUUUGGUUGUUAUUUUUAUGCUUUACAACAGCAAAACUCCAAGGGGCGUGCGAUGUUGCAAAUGAAUCUACCAUAUUUGUACUCGUAAUCUUUACCGAUGUUGCGGAAUUCUUUUAACCCCGCUCCGCUGGUUCAAACAAAUCAAGACGACUAUAUCUUUCGAUGUAACAACACCAUUUAAUCCAAUCCAACGAUCCACUGCGAUGUACAAUUCUCACAUAUUCAACGUUCGUAACACAACGAUUAACUAUCAACGUAACUAAACGAUCAACGAUCAACUAAAACAUUCUAAGUAUACAGUGGUUUUUCUACUAUCCUUGUGUAAGGAAGUAUUUUACAUUAAUCACAUAUACAGUAAAAGUUCCCAUUGUAAUGUAUCUAAAUUAAGUGACUAUUACAAAAUCGCACGUUCUUUAACCUUAUUUAGCCUAAGAAAAUGCAUGCAGUUACAUCAUUUUAUAUCGUAAAUAUACUCGGACUUUGUCAACAUUAUUGUGAAAUCUAAUGUGCGCUAAUCUUUGCGCUACGUAUACAGAUGUCAAUUUCUAAUUAAUAUUUAAUCUCAAAAUAACAAAGUUAGGCAUCACCUUCUUUCUUUCCCGACAACCAACAGGUGUUCUCGCCGUAAAGUUUUAUUAGUCUUUCUUGUUGUUACACAGUUGAAAUUAAACAAUGACAUCGCGAUGAAGUCGAAUCUAUCAUUCUGCCCAUUUUUGAUGUCAGCAGCCUUGUACCAAUGUGGAGAGAAGAAAAUAAGUGUAGUCCUCUCUAUAAAUUUUAGUUGAUCAUUGAAAUGGUACUUGUUUUUACCAAACGAAAACCUAUAAAAAGUGACUCACCCUUACCUAACGUACAGAGUACUGAUACACCCUCAUGCUCAAUUUUCGUCACUGUGCGUGAUCCGUUACUGCCGUCGCUUUUUGUUGUAAAAGGCAAAAACGAGUGGUAAAAUUAAGCUCUGCGAUCGACUAAACUGUGUCGCAUACUCAAUAAUAUUUCAUUAUAAGUAAGAAGUCCAAAAGUUUAUUCACUGCAAGUAUCUUUUAUUCAUAUCUUCCAUUAAGAAUUGGUUAACGAGUAAAAGGGGGAGCAAUAGCUAGCAUUUUAGAACCAACCCCCUUCUUGUCUAAAGCGAAGCCGAUCUGGAAAUUCGUCUGUUCUCACCUAAAUUAAAUUUAAUUUUGAAAAUUUCUCUACAAAGCAUAGUUAAUAAAAACAAAGAGAUUUUUGGUAAGUGCGACCAUCUGCGAGAUGAACGGAAAAGGCCAUGAUGAGCGUUGUAAACGACGAUGAAGACUUACAGGAAUGCUGUGUACUACUUUGUCUUGCUUAUCGCUGUGCCUUCAAUGCCGUGUCCUGCGUUGAAAUAAAAGAACUGUUUGUCCACCGUUGUCCCGUUUGAUAGAUUCAUGCUUAAAGUAGCAGCUCAAAUGGUUCUGAAGCAUAGCCGUAAGGGUCCUUAACCUGUAAUCUAUUUGACUACACAAUAAAGGCGGGGCCACUAGAGAAGCGCUGAAUUUGAAUAACUUUCCAGGAUGCAUGUUUGACACCAGUGGCCACACAUGAUUUCUCUUGUUUAAAAUUAUUUCCAUCAGGCUUAACAACUUUAUAAUUCAUCGAUGGAAAGGAAUCACGCAUUUACUUGUAAUUGCGCAAACAAUAUACCCGUAUACCUAAUAGCGCAAAAUGCGUAAAAGGGGUCAGAACACCUUUCCGCUGGCCCAGCGCCUUACUUUUUAAAGGAAGGACCUGGAUUUUCGGUCACUUACUUCUACUUUAGUAAUGUUUAGAUUGAUUGUUUUUUCGAUUUUUAUCUCUUACAAAUUACGGCAAAAUUACUUGCUGGAACUUCUAGCAAAAAGGGAACUUUCGUAAUGUGGCCAUUUUUGAGAUAUCAGUAACUUCACCAAAAUCACCAAAAAAUAAGGAAACGACCAUUUCACUUUGUGUUUCGCUUAUUAGAUUAACAACAGGCUUACUAAACUUCCCCCACAAUUUUGCGGAUGUUGAUUGGUUCAAAAGGUCACACUGACCUUUUUAAACUUUCAAUUCCAAACAUGGGCUUUUUCCGAAUCGUGAUUCCUUUCAUGGACAUGAAAAGUCAAACAUGUUCACGGCGUUUUUUUCCCGGCCUUGAUAUCUCCAGUUUAAAGUGUUGUGGCCAGUAAGGGAAUCGUAUGGAGUGUAAAUGGUAAAGUAAUAGCUACAAUUAAAUGCAGAAAAGGUGUGAAAAGCAUUUUAAAAAGCACCUACCACGAUGUCGGGCCCUUUUGUAACCUUUUUGUGACAUCUUUGCAGCUUAUUCUCUUCUGUUUUAAUGCUCGAAUUUGUCUUUUUAGAUGCGUAUGUUUCUUUAAGUGAGCUGUCUAUAGUUUAAGUUUCACGAGUUACCACUUUAAAUUGACGAUGCUAUUAUCAAAAGGGAAAGAAGUAACAAAAGUGCCCUACUUUUUCUCUAGAGAGAGAGAGAGAGAGAGAGAAGCAAGGGGAGAAGAAAAGGGCCUGGUAAUUUAUUUAUAGUUACGUUUUAAUUAGUAACAAGAAUCGCCGAAAGGCGAUUUUCAACUGGGCUGCCAAGGGGCUAUUUUUUCUGAGGGGAGGGGGCGGCUAUACACACUCAGGCUACCAUAAAAUCUUGUCGCCGACCAUUUCGUGAGACAGAAUCUCAUGUGAGACUGAAACACAAACUCAUUCAGAACAUUGUGCCCUUUUGAAAGACUUUCGUAACAAAAAAAAAAUGAGUACCAUUUUUAGGUGGGAGCUGUAUAAUAACUUUUAAAUUCCACCAUUAUGAAUAAAAAUAAACAAGUUAGUCAUUAAUUGUAAGCGGGAAACGAUCUGCAUUAUUUUCACGCACCUCUCCCCCAAUCCCUCUGUCUCCCAAAAUAUAGCGUGACAGUAUAACGUCACUAAUUUGACGUAACCGGAAAUUCCAAAAAUUAUUGUCGUUCGUGCGACAGGGUCAGCUACUCGCCACCGGGCUAAUUUACACUAGACAGAAAUAUUGUAUUGUUUGAACUCAGAAGUUUACCAAAACAGACAGCCAACUGACCAUUGAUCCCUAGCCUACGUAGCAAGCGUUUCCAAUCGAGUUAUUGCGCGAAAGUUAGAGCGUAAGCAAAAAAAAAGAUGAAGGGGGAGGGGGAGGGGAGAAGAGCAAACCUUCCCCCUCCCCCGUCAUUCAUUUUUUUUUUGCUCUUGCCCCAGCUUUCUAGACGAACCUCGCGAGGAAACGCUUGCUACGCAGGCUAAUUGAUCCCAAUCCAGGGGCCUUACUGACUGCACUGAGACUUUAAAUAGACGAUCCUAAUUUGCUUUCUACAGUCUACAUGAAAACGCACUAUUUUUUCCGCAAGAUAAAAAAUAUUCAGUGUUAAGAUUUUCCUCUUGGUAUUUUUUUCUAACUUAAAGGAAUAACAUCCUUUGCAUUUUGAGACCUAAAAAAGUUUAAAGAUUUCUCGCUCGCAUGUUGCUUUCAUCACCACGCACUUUAAACAAAUGUAAACAGCUGAAAAGUUUUCACCUGAUACCGAUAUGAGUUAAAAAUUCGCUCGAGUUCGCUGUGUGUCUCACGACACCCAUGACUAACUUUUCUUCAUGGCAGAUAACCAUGCCGCUUUAUAACUUCUCCGAAGUUUUUGUGCCAGCUAACAAUAUGGAAACACUAUUCACCGUCCUUGGAUUUUAAAAAAACUGAACGUAACGUACAAUGUGCCCUUGUUUUACUACCUCUGAUCACAUCUGCUAGCGAACUCUCUCUUUUCAAGCGAUUCAUCUCAUUGCACAAUAAUUGACCCGUAUAUUAGUUAAAGCCCUAUGGUUCAUUCAUAUUAAUACUGUUUUGCCCCUCACAUUUACUGUGUUCGUUCGUAUUCAAAACGCCUUUAGGAAAAUAAAGGUCGUGUAAGUCAUGUGUAUUAUGUUUCAAGAUAAAUGGAUUAUACUCUUCCCAGUUUGCGGUGACUUCAGUUUACAUCUUCAUAAAAUGGUAACAUCAAGAAACAUCACGCAAGCUGAAAAUUUGCAAAGGCAUGUUUUUUUGAAACUCGCUAAUGUUGACAUCAAUACAUCUGAUAUAUCAUGCUUGCUGAAUGGGCGAAAGCAGAGAAUUGUGAUAACAAGGUCAUGUACAAAUUUAAUGAUAAAAGCUUAGCAAGUUACAGAUAAAAGCAAACCCCCUGAAACCUCGACCUGGGCUACACUUCUAUGCUGUACUCAGUCACCAAUUAGCAAUGCUUCGUGUGCAUCUUGAAAUUUCUUAAACGUCUUUUCUAAUUCGAUUGAUCCUUUCAUUACUUCAUCAACAUUGCUUUCACCAGUCAUUAGAUCGGCAAUUUCCUUAAUCUUCCUAGAUACGACACCUCUAGCGUGGCCACGUGCUUAACGGAUAGCGAUUGUGUAACGUAGCUGACGGUCCAAAUUCCUUCACGAUGCAAAGGCAUGCCAAUCAAAUUCAAACUAAUGUAACUGGUUGACUCCAUGGUUGCAACUUACUUAGAAACUUAACAAUUACAGAGAUAGCGCUGUGUGAAACAAUAGACAAUUCGAACUCCACUUGAUAAUUAAAAACACCUUUUAUCACAGUUCAAAGUUCUAGAAUUGCACAAGUCACAACGGUGAAUACACAGUUCCAAAACUAACGAUAAUAGAAGGUGCGGUGACAGUAAUAGACGUAGUAGUAGUACGGUAGCAGAAGCGGUAGAAUGUUGUAGAGGUAGCAUUAGUAGUAGUAGUAGUAGGUUCGAAUUUGGUGACGGUUCGCACAAAGAUAGCAGAACUUAAGUUGCCAAAGAUAGUUGCUUGUAUCUUGAUCCUAUGAUUGUUCCGGUUGCGGGAUAACUAGCAACUAGAGUUAAUGCGUGUCACCUCUUGUAGGCACGGCAACGUGAUGGCAGCUAGGGUGUUGUAUAAAACAUACUAGAAAUUAAGUAAUUUCCUAAACAAACGAAUUUAGGCGUGAAUAAGCGGGAAGCUGCAAAUUCCUAACUAAAGCGUCACUAAGUUCACGUUCUACUAACGCAAAUAAUAGCUAUUGAUUGUCUCCUAAAAGAAAGGGAGGUAAAAAAAACCGAGGACGUUUCAAAACUAACAUCUAUUCCAUCACCUGUCUCGUUCCCCACACAUCCUACACGUUGCAUCACCCUGGGUGGUUCCUGUCUUAUAAUAUGAAGUUAACACUCUGGUCAGUGUUAUCUGCUCGUAUAGCUCUGUUACACCAGUUAUGGUGUGGGGCAGGUGCAGACGUCCACUCUCUUAACCAAGCAAAGCAUCCGUCUUGACACAGGUCUUCAUCUUGCCAUAGAUAAGACAGCAUGCCCGUGGCACUUACCUGCCUUGAUGUUUUCUUGUAACUUAUCCAUUGCAGCUUUCUUCAGGUGCUCCUUUAUCUUUGUUACUUCAAUCACUUUUUUUGAGCUCUUGCGAACGUAUGUCCUUCAGUAACCAACGAUGAAUGCCCUUUCUCAGCCGCUUCCUCUUGAAACAUCUGAACUACCCUCAUAGGAGUCUGGUGUUCCAACCGGAGAAUAAAUGAGUUAUCACUCUACGGAGCCAGUAGUGGAAGCGGUGGACUUCCAUGAUAUCACAGAGCCACCUGUGAUCCAGGGUUUCGCUUUUUCUCUGUGACAGUCCAUAGUGAACCCGUCGCAUAAUAACCCUCGCCGUGUCCCCUUGUGACUUCUCUAAACGAGAGGCAUGGUCCCUAAAAUCUUGGGCUGAUCCUUAGGUGUUAGCUCACAGUUUCAAAAACAGUCUAAGAAUAAAGUCGAAGACUUUUUGAUUAAAUUGAAGGGCGGUAAAGCAACUGGUGUCGAUGGAGUCCCGCAAGUAUUUUGAAAAUUUGUGCCAAAGAGUUGUUGCAGCCAUUAACCCACCUGUUCAAUUUGUUGUUUAGCCUGGGUGAAGUUCCCUUGAUCUGUCAAAAAGCCAAUAUAACACCAGUGUUGAAAGCAAAUGGCAAAGAGAAUGUUGAAAACCGUAGAUUUAUUUUCUUGUUGUAAAUUUUGGGCAAAUGUCAGAAAAGAAUUCUCCAACGGGUCAUUUACGUGAUGUGUCAUGUGUCACCUUUACUGUGUUAGGGAAUUCCUCUAUAACCCAACUGGUCCUUACCCACUAUAUGUGGAAUAAAGAUCUGGAUGAUAGUCUUCAGGUCAAUGCUAAUGUAACUUUGGAAUAUGAAGGCCGCUGUUGACCUAGUGUAGUGACUACUUAUCAAAUCGAAAGUAAAGGGCUGUUGUUGAUGGAAAUUGUUUGAGUUGGCUGAAUAUCUCAUUUGGCGUGCCACAGGGAUCCAUUUUGGGCCCCUUGUUUUUUGUUAUUUUUAUUAGCAAUGUGCCUAAGAAGGUAAGCCCAGAGAAUACCGUGGCACUUAAUGCAGAUGACUGUAAGGUAUUUAGAGUAAUGUCUUGGAGGUAACUGAUGAAUUGUGCGACCUUGUUCUACUUACCAACCAUCAUCGCUCUUAGAAUUUCGGCCAUAUUGAUACCAUUGCGAGAAAAGCAAACAGAAUUUUAGGCUUAACUAGAAGAACAAAUAGAUAUUAGGAGGAUACUGGAUACUGAAACCUAGAAGAUGUUGUAUUACGCCUUACUGAGGUCGCAAGUGGAGUAUAGAUCGUAAUUUUGGUCACUGUACACAUCAGAAAAAGCACUGACAAACUGGGGCGCAUUCAGCGGAGGGCUGAAAAAUCUAUCAUAGGAAACAAAAAUGUUAGCUGUGAAGAUCGCGUAAAAUAUCUUAAUAUCCUUGAAAAAGAACGCUACCUCUUUGAUGUCACUUUCUUAUGUAAAGGGCUGAAUGGCCACUUAAACUUGGAUUUAUCUACACUUCUGAACUGUUACUCUCAGGCUUUAGACCCCUACAACUUUAGACGUGAUGAUGACUAUUCUUUAAAGUCAAACCUUUUUAGGAUAAGCAAAUGUAAAUAUAACAAUUUCAACAGAAUUGUAAAAAUCUGGAAUUCUAUACCUUUACAGGUUAGAUUGACCCCGAGUUUGGGAGCCUUUAAGUUUGGGGUGAAUGUUAUCAUAAACAUGGCAGGGGAUUGGGAGGGGGUUGAGCUUGUUGUAUUUUAAUAGUUUUUUACUUGAUAUUUAUAUUUCCACUGUUGUUAUAUUUUUUUGAUCGUGCAGUUUAUAAUAUAGUUAGACUGAAUAUUCAUUGUUUUUUUUUAAGAGCGACGGUCAGGAAAUAUCGACCAUCGAGUGGCAAGAGUUGAAAAAUCGAUUUCCUUCAUGUUUUGUCUAUAAAUAGCUUUUAGGUAGAUAAGUAAUCUGAUGUAAGUUGUUCUCGCAAAAAGCCUUUAAUUUUCGCGAAAAGUAAGAAUAUUAGUUUUCGUGGUCGGAGUCUCAAAAUGGCCGUAUUUUCAACCCGAAAUUUGCUAACAUCAACUCUCCUCGCGUUCGUAAAUAAAGGCGCAAGGAGAAAUUUGAACACUUUCCAUCAAUAGAACAACUCUUCUUCUUUCACUAGAAGAUACUUUCAAAACAGUAUCACGACUCGUUGAACUGACAUAAUUCAAAAACGAAGAACAGGUUUUUACGGUGACAAAAACUUUGAUUUAGUAGUUGUCUUCUUCGGCAUUAUUUCUCCUGUGGUAUAGCUCCAAAUUUUCCCAGUCCUCGUUUAUUCACACAUUUAGACAUUCAUCUAAAACAUACCUGAGAAUUGGCUUGGGUUCCUGAAGGCAGCCUCCAAACGAAAGCAUCGGAGUCCGGUAAAUAUAGUGAAGCGUGACCAAACUAACUUAUUUAACGGCACCAAGUUUCCUCGAUCGUAAAGUAACAAGAAGAAAUAUCUUCCUGUUCCCGGCAUCCUUAACGAAUUACCAUUGGUAAAGUCCUUAUUUUUCGAUAAAAAGUGAGUACCAGAUUUCUAGCGCGUUUGAUUUUUUCUUCUUCAAAAGAAGAAACGGCAUCGAAACGUUACUCUUUCAAGAAUUCCGUUGCGUUACUACCUUGAUUCCGUGACUGUCAUUUUGACGGCUCCGUCUCUUCAAAUGUAUGUUAUGUCACGUGCAGUCACGGAACAGAUUGUCACGCAGAGUCGCCGGCUGCUAGAGUUCAGUGUUUCAAAGUGGCUAAAACUGACCCAGUUUCACCUUUUUACCCCACUCUUUCGAUGAAAAAAGCAACUUUGCAACGGGAAAACCCAGAAGAAGUACGAAAAACGAGCCUUUAGGCUUUAAAUAUCCACUUUUGUGCGUUUCGAAAUUGGAAGUGUUUACACGAUUACCGCCGGCCUACAAUGAAAAUUCCUGAACUUCGAUGUUGUCUUACACAGAUUUCCUUUAAUAACCCAAGCCAAUUCCCAGGUAAGUUUUAAAUGAAUGUCUAAAUGUGUGAUUUAAAUAGCAUGAAGAGAAUUUGGAGUUAUACCACAUGUUAAAUAUUGCUGUCGAAAAUGAGUAACGAACUUAAGUUUUUGUCAUCCUGAAAACCUAUCCCUCAUUUUUUAAUUAUUUCAGUACGACGAGCUUCGCUAUUGCCCUGAAAGUAUCUUUUAGUGGAAGAAGAAGAAUUUUUCUGUUCAUUGAAAGUGUCCAAAUUUUUUCCAUGCGGCUUCGUUUGCGAACGCGAGGAAAGUUGAUGUUAGCGAAUUUCGGGUUAAAAAUUAGGGCAGUCUGAGACUCCGACAUCGAGAAUCGAUCUUCUAAUUUUUCUGACAAAUAAAAGACUUUUGGCAGGAAAAAUCUACAUUAGGUUUCUUAUCUACCUAACAGCUAUCUAUGAACAAAAGAUGAAAGAAAUUGAUUUUUCAACUCUUGCCACGAAAUUAAGAUUUUGGUCGAUUUUUCCUGACCGUCGCUCUUAACAUUUUUAGAUUAGUUGUAAUGGUGAUCCGUCUUUUAUGAAGUUUCUACUCUUUUACAGAUUAUUCCUGUGGCUUGUUUUUUCGUAACUUUUGAUUUGCAAUUGGGUGCCAUUGAAUUGCCAUAAAACAAAGUUAAACUUUAAAACCCAAUUACGAUAGGGAUGACCGAAACACUUCUGCCAUUCCAGAUCUUUGGCACUUCCACUUUUAAGAGCUGACAUUGGUCAAUCGUCUCUCGUCCUUUUUCUGCUACGCAUAUCUCAAAAGGGCAAGCUAAACUAUCAGGUCUAUUGUCGUCUAAAUGGUGGUCUGUCUGAAUUCUACACACUGCUUCUGGGGAGUGGUCAUGCCAAGUUUCGUUGAGCUGCAAAUUACAUUUUCGCCAAGAUUUCUGUGGAGAACUUGACUAACCUUAUCGUGCCUCCAGGUCUUAUACUUAAGCUAACUUCUUGCAUUCUGCUUUGUGUUUUUCCAAAUUAUCUCUUCGUCAAUUAUCUACUGCCGUGCUAAGCUGACUGGAGCACGAAUUGGUCUCAGAGGUUGAAUUUAACCUAGUCGAAUAAAGUAGCUCUCGUGAAAAAACAAAAAUAAGGAACUGCUUUAAUCAACCUUAAACUGAGUUCGGCACAGCAGUAACGCGACGUUUGAACGGGCCUAACUUUAUUAUAUGUCAGAUACACAUUAAAUAGUGCAGGCACCUUAUUUGUUUAUGUCAAAAUCUUGUUUUUGUUCAUUGCAGGCUCGUUUAAAUGAAAUGAUGUCACAGAUCCGCUUACAGAAGAGCCAAGCUGGUGAGAGGAUAGGGCGAGCAGAUGGCAAAUAUGUAGUGGAGGGUGUUGUACAAGAACAGCUUAAACAAGUAAGACGUUGUGAGAAGCUUUUUUUUUUGUUUUAAGAAAUAAAAAUGAACCGCGUCUUACCUUACAUUGAUCAUACUUUUUUAUGCUUGGAAUCAAAAAAUAAAACCAGUAGUCCAUGAGCCAGUAGGCCUGGGUGGUAUCAUCUAAGGGGAAUAAACAUACUGGUGUUUUUUAGUAAUGCUUUGUUGUAAAUAGUCAGAAAAUGGCUGAUAGCAACUGAUCGGUAGUAGCUUGUGGGCGGGACACCUUCAAAAGUUUGUUCUCGGCAUGGAAACGAGGCUAUCAUUUGCUAUGAAAACAAAACCAACAAGACGCUAUGGGAGCGUACACUUCGGCGUCGUGGUUGUGGAAUUAAUUGUGAGUGGGGAGGAAUAGUAAGAAAGGAUAUUUUUCGGAUCCCCUUUCAUAAAAAUAUCCAUACUUUUCUCCUUUUGUGUAACAGGCGUCUUAACUUCUUCACGGGAAGUCUGCUAGGUGCAUGACCGCGUGGCUGUAACCCAGUUCGAGUAUAAUUUUAUUUCUGCCGUAAAUAAAUUGCACAGGACGAGAUCUCAGUUCCACUUCCGUUAUUUCCUCUACAAAAACACUUUCCUUAUGUACAGUUAACUCCACUCCUUCUCCAGCAACGUAACUAACAUCAGUACACUCCCUUACAAAACUUUAAAAUGCACAGUCUCCACACCGAGGAUGUACAACAUCGCAACAUAAAUUAUUACAUGAAAAACAAGAACACGCAAUACAAAAACAAGUAGAAAAACAUACUCUUCCAAAAAAAAACUAAAAGGAGAACAAUGAUAAUGAUGCCUAUCACAACAAUUACGAAACCACGGUAUCUGCGUUUUACUUCCCUUUGUUGACAAUCUAUCGCUUCUACUACAAGCAACGCACGACCCCACCUCUUCCCUUUUCGAAUCACUCUUGUAGGAAACAUCUCCAGUUGUCAACGUCUCUUCACUGUCAAACUUUUUACACAUUUUUGUCCCCAAAAUUUUCUCCAAGUAUUUUGCGUAACCUUGACUUUCUAAAAACUGACUUUGUCAUGACUGAUAAUUUCGUUUCAUUAACCUUGAGUUCGAUGACCAGCCGAUUCCGAAAACGCCUUAGUUCAUUUUUUGGUGUGGUCCUACCGCGAACAGUAACUUUAGGGCAUUCCUCAGCGUCGCGAAUCCUUUACACUCUCUCAUCACCUACAGGCAUAGUGAGUAUUUGUUUCCUUCAAUAGUCACGUGACCGGUCAUGUGACGUUUUACGUCACUUAAGGAGGCUUGGACUUUCGUCAACACGCAGUUCCUCACUUGUUUUGUUUGUUUGUUUGUUUUUUUUUCCCACACACUUGUCAUCUCUGAUAGGUUAUUUCUGUUAAUUAGGCACGUGACCUUAACGCUUUUAAAUAUUCAGGAUAAGUAUUUUGCUGAAAAAAUUUACCUAUUUAUUUUAAUAGUCGUCAUCACUGUCCAACUCCUCAUCACCAUCCCCCUCAUCGCUUUCGUUCCUACAUUCCUCUUCUUCGGCAGAUGACUGGUCGUUACAGUUGGGCAGCUUGCACAUGUCUGUACAUCCCGUUAGCAACGCAAACACAUCGGGCAGAAGAACAGCUUAUAGUUUAAUUACAUGAGAGAAGCUCAAGGAUAGCUUACGGAGCUUGCUUCCCUGCCAUCCAGUAAACUACUAGCUGUUCUGCACCUUUGUCACUCUCUAAUUUCCAGCCUCUUCCAAUUGGACUGGGUACUUGUGGGUCCUGGUGUAGGCAUCGCUUCCAUAUUGCAGCCUGAUAGUUAGCUCUCUGAGCGUGCUUGACCAAGCAAUCUCUACAUGGCGGGAGUUGAUGACUCUCUAUUUCUCCUUUCCUGGUACAGAAUAGCUGAUAUCUAAGGUCACUUACCGUUGUGGUAGGGGUUUUCAGAGCAUAGAGUUUGCAGGUAGAGGCCUCUAACUUCUGCAAUAAAUCCUGUAUCAGUUGCCACUCAUCACCUAACUUUGUGAAGGUUUUGCAGCUCUCUUUGUCACUCAUCACUAGCUUAUGCGCUUGCGCCUUUCGUUUCCCAGAAAAGGCACUUACUUAAUCACAUGCAGUGUAUGCAUGCAUUCCGUAAACAGCUUUGCAGACAACCUGACCAAAACAGUGUGCAGCGUGAUUGAUAUUGAUUAGCCUAGCGCGGCUUCUACUUGGUGAACAAGGGUACUGCGAGCCUGUCAGCAAUCGCCAUGAACACAUAACAAAGACGUUGGUGUCUUCAGAACAGAUCAUUACUGAGCUAUAUCCGUCUUGGCUUGCGUGAGCUGCAUGUAGAAGUAAACGACCAUCGUCCUUUUCUUGAUGGCACUCCAAUGCAGAAACCUCUGCACUGCCUUCUGAAGUUAUUCCAAAGCACAAAGAUUCACUUGUGGCAUACAGCAUUUUAUUGUCUAACUUCUGGCUGCACACUUUCUUCUUCAGUUCACUGAUAAUGAAAUUGACGAGACUUGGUUUAUUGCUUUCUCCAUUGUCUGACUAUCUGAGUGUUGGUGAUGCUGCCCAACUGAUGCCAAGUUUCCUGGCCCCGUAAAUACCGCUCCCUGUUUUUAUUGAAAUUUCUUUGUAGGUGUCGAAUACUAGAUCUAUUCUCUUGCACUGCGAACCUUCCCUCAGCGCCAUAUUUAAGACUGUGUGAGCAACAUCUCCAAACGAUAGGCGGUCAGCAUUUACUUUCUGCACUAAACUCAUUCCGUCAAUAAUUGCAGCUUAGUUACUUGGAAUUUCUUCAGCCAUCGGCACAUUGUUUUGAAACAGGUUUCCAGAGCAGCCUUGUUAGUUUUGCGGAGGAAUCCAUCAGGGGUAGACAAAGCCCACGGCAGGGGUCCAAGUGCAUGUGAAAGAAUUUCCUCCAUCUGAAGAUUCCGUCCCUGUGCCAUUACGAGUAUUCGGCGAAAGAGAGACCUGUCAGCUUUGUGCCCUCCAGCAAUGACCUUCUUCUGCCUACUUAGAUGACUGAGGGUCUUGAGUUUGUUUUUAACAGGUCAUGAAAUUUCUUCACUUGGGGAAUUUUCUCAUGCGCUCCUCUUUGAAUGAUUUGCACCUGCGUUUGCACAUUUUUCAUCCGCGCCAAAAAGAGUGCACGUGAAGAGUUUUCGAUUAUUCUAGCAACUGACUUGUGACUUUGCUAACUUGAGUUCGCCUUUGUGUUCUAAGAUUAAAAUUGUUGUAACGUUUAUGAUUUGCAUUUUAAGUCUAGCGCACAUUUAAACGUGAAUACAAAACGCACACCGGACAGUUUGUGCACACUGCACAAUGUUAGUUCCCCGUUUUAGUAACAGAUUACCAUCAGAUCUAUAUGAAGGUUCUCAGUUGUAUUUUGUAAUGUAUAAUUGAAAGGGUAGUUUCCACGUAACGGUUUUUCGGUCCGGUUUUUGCAAAGAAAACGUACGGUAAACACAAAAAUGGGCUCAGUUGAGCUUUUAGAUAGAUCACCUUUAGACGGAAAGAUCGACCUAAUGUAUAAAUUUAGCCAAGGCUAAAUGUGAAGCGUCCGUUUCUUCUAAUAUGCUGAAAACAAUAAACAAUUGCCAAGAAAACCAAUAUUUAAUUUAAUAUUUUUGAAAAUAAAAAAUACAUCCUAGAAUGAAAAAAACUCUUCUAUCAAGAUAACAUAUGUUGUUUACAGUUAAAAUUCUAAGUCAAAUUCAGUCACGGUACUGGGCUUCGUAAGUAAAGAAUUCUUGCCCAUACAGACUGCAUCGUCAACCCCACCACCACCACACCCUUUGAGAAGCUUUUGCUUUUGUGCCGGGUAAGCAAAGUUGUCUCUAUCAGGGCGUUUGUAAGGUAGUUAGGUUAACCCUCGCACUCUGGUAGAGUAGCCUUGGCGCCAAGAGGAGGGCAAUUUGCGUACGCAUGCGUGCAUCCGCUGAACGAUAAUAGCGUGGGCACAUCAAAUCUGACGGCGGGAAAUCGAAAAAUUGCGUUAAGUUACAGUCCUUUUAAAAGCCAUUUCGUUGGUGCUUUGAGUACUGUACUUUCCUACAAAAAAUGUUCUCCAUGACAUUAAUCGAACGUUUUCUACGUGGGUUUUCAGUUGUAGAUAUUCCAGCAGUAGCUUUUGACUUUAAAGACUCAACAGCAAACAUCACUGUUCCUGUAGAUGUCUUAUUUUCCCUGGGAAAGCAGUGUAUUUCUAUGAUUUGAUUUCCAAACUCAUGGUUGUACUUACCAAGGAGGAAAUGCAUCGUAGCAAUGUUCAGUUGCUUUAAGAAGAGCGAAAAAACUUUUACUACGUGAGGUUUAUUUAUUAGCGGGAUUUCUUUUAUGUUAGAACUAAUCGGAGACACGCGUUUAUAUAUGCCACAAAAACAUGAAAUCUGUGGGUUUUUGUUUACAGUUUUUGGAAAGUUUUCUCGUAAAAACAUGUAAAAUAUAUCCUACAGGAAAUGAAGAAUUGAUUCAGUCUGAGACAGAAACAAUUACAGGUGAUUAUGCACUACGUACUUUGAGCAUUUCAUAAGAUAACUUGCAGACAAUGCAAAUGCACCCCGAA